GGCCCAUCCCUGUCCCAUCCCCAGGGAAGCGAUUGCGCUCCUCUGCCCACUGCAGGAUGGAGGGGGGGUUGCUCCAUGGGCCCCCAGGGAAGAUGAAGCUUGUGUGCAUCCACCCCAGCCUUGGUGGCCCCAUUCAAGAAAUCCUUAUCAUCCUCCACAUUUCCAGUCCCCUGUGUCCCAAAAGCAGUGUGGAUCAGGUCAGAGGUGCCUGCUCUCUGCAGGCAGCGCUGUGCCUCUGUGCUGAUCCUGUCUGUGCUGUGUGCUGUUCACUCUGAAGCCUAACGAUGGUGUGAGAAGCAGGGAGUUAGUUAUUUCGUUGCCACUGAAGGCCAGCUCCCCAGGAGCCCCCACCCUGCUCUGUGCCUGCCGUUGGUGUUCUUAGGGGAGCUCUGCAGCACAGUUUGGGUCAGGGAACCGAAAUCCUGUAUUCUGGGGUCUGUUUCACUGUUGUCUGCCUGGCAGUUGGGCAGAGCCAGGGGGAGUGUGGGGUUCCCAGAGCACCCCACUUGACUGUUGAGCAUGUCUCAGCUCGUGUGCAGUGGCCCCCCCCUUGGGACCCCCAUGGAGCCGUCACUGAGAGGGACUGGACUAACUGUGCCAAAGUGGCCUCUGCUUUCAGACUCCUCUCGGGACAGAGAAAUCCUCUGUGGCUGCUCUGCGGGGUGAGGAGCCAGGGCUGGACCUUCCUCCUGAUCUCAUCUUCCUCCUCCUCACCAGCUGGGAAUAGAGCCAGCCCCUCAACACAGAGAACAUCCAUUGCCAGAGCCAUGGCAGCCCAGCCUGGUGGGAGGGAGAAGCCCUUCCAUGUCAUCUCUCCUGUCCUGGAGAGCCUGGUCCUGUCCAGGGCAGCGGGCACCAAGGUCUACAUGAAACUGGAAAACGUCCAGCCCACGGGCUCCUUCAAGAUCCGAGGCAUCGGCCACCUCUGCCAGGAGGCUGCCAAGAAGGGCUGCUCCCGCUUCGUUUGCUCCUCAGGGGGGAAUGCAGGUCUGGCAGCGGCGUACGUGGCCAAGAAGCUGGGGUUGCCGGUCACCGUCGUGGUCCCCAGCACCACUGGCUCCACCACUGUGCGCAAGCUGGAGGAGCUGGGGGCAGAGGUGGAGGUCUCUGGCCAGGUGUGGGAUGAAGCCAACGAGAGAGCCCUUGAGCUGGCACAGACUGAGGGCUGUGUCAGCAUCCACCCCUUCGACCACCCCUUGGUGUGGCAGGGUCACGCCAGCCUGGUCCAGGAGUUGAAGGACUCACUGGAGACCAAACCAGAUGCCAUCCUGCUGGCAGUGGGCGGCGGGGGGCUGCUGGCAGGUGUCGUGGCUGGCCUGCAUCAGGUGGGCUGGCAGGACGUCCCCAUCAUUGCUGCUGAGACCUGGGGGGCCCACAGUUUCCACACAGCGCUGGAGGCCGGCCGGCUCGUCUCCCUGCCUGAGAUCACCAGCGUGGCCAAGUGCCUGGGAGCCAAGAAGGUGGCGGCGCGGGCGCUGGAGUGUGCCCGGGAAUGUCAGGUCAUCUCCCAGGUGGUGGAGGACACGGAGGCUGUGCGAGCCGUGGAGCGGUUCCUGGAUGACGAGAGGAUGCUGGUGCAGCCGGCCUGCGGGGCCGUCCUGGCCCUGCUCUACACGGGGCGGCUUCAGCGGCUGCAGGACGAGGGGUGGCUGCGGACCCCCCUGGCCUCUGUGGUGGUGGUGGUGUGUGGGGGCAGCCACAUCCAGGUGGCCCAGCUGCAGGCCCUGAAGAGCCAGCUGGGCCUGGAGUGACGCCCACCCUUGCCCAGCCAGCACCCUCCGCUCACUCUCCUCCAAAACAACCAAAAUAAAGCCCCGCUGCCUGGCGAAUGCGGGGCCGGUCUCCUCCCACAGCUCCUGUGUCCAUGCAGAGAUGGGGAAACUGAGGCACACAGGGUGGAUGAGGCCGGGGCUCACACUGUGGGCAGGGAUGGAUCUGGGGCCCUGCCUGUGCCUCCCCUGCCUGUCCGAGGGCAGGACUGGGGUACACAGUCCUGCUCUGCCCCUGGGACGUGCCGGGAUCCUCCUCUGCAGCCCCCAACCCUCGGUUCCCUCCUCCCCUCCCUCCCCUGCCCCUCCCCAGGCUGUUUGAAGCUCCCCACCUCAAUUAACAAGCGCUCCCGCUCUGACUAAUUACUUUGCUACUGUCUUUAUGCAUUAUUAUUCUAAUGAUUAUUAAUUAUUACAAUCUUCUCCCAUUCCUGCCGCGCUGUCUGCGGUCAAAAGAGAACAACACACAUGGACCCGCUUGUUACGGUGAUUUAUUGGUGGAGCUCCCUGGCCGUGUUUAACACCCGCAGGCUCGGAGGUGCACUGACAGGCAACACGUGUGUGUGUGUGUGUGAGUGUACCCCAUCCUGGAGUCCCCUUGAUCCCCCAUUUUCCCCCCCAUCCCACUCUUUUUUUCCCAUUCCCCCUUUUCCUCCAGGCUUUCCUGCUCUCUCCCAUUCCCACUCUCUAAUGCUGCAUUUGUUUUUAGCCCCUUGCUAUUGCACUUCGUAGGGCUUUUUGUGUCCCCCCCCCACAUUUCUCCCCGGUCCUUCCUCCCAUCCCCGGGUUAUGUGGAGUCUUGCUCCCACUGGGGCUCCCCGACCCUGACUGCUCCCCAGUUUCCCAGCUGAGCCCAUGCCCCAGGCAUCACCUGGUGGGGUUGGGCAGGGAGACAAGCUUUCUCCUGCCCCAAAACCCUUCUCAGCCUCCUCCUCCUUCACCUUGGGUGCAGAGGGGGCUCAGCCCCAGGUGCAGCUCAGACCCCAGAUAACAGCACACACACACACACACUCGAAGCCUUUUCCUCUGGCUGGGCACCUGCCCCAGGACCCAGCUGCCAACCCCAUAGAAACACCCUCCCUGUCUUCAGCCCUUUUCCCCUCUCCCCCCAGUCUGAUACCUCCCACCGGCCAGGCCAGCUCCCCAGAUGCUUCUUGGAGGCCAAAACCCCAUAAAUCAAAACUCUGCCGCUCCAUCGUGAGCAAUAUCUUAUGUAAAAAGGUGUUUCCAGGGAGCACCGAAGGCUGGAGAAUCCUAUUACGAGGCACACUAUUAAUUAUAAGGAGUCAGCCCAACCUACUCCAGCCAUUUUUUAUCCCAGGUCCAAAACCUGAUUACUUUCCACCUUCUGCAGACCUUCCCCUUCCAAGAAAAAAAAAAAAAAAAAGGAAAAAGGUCAGGAAAAAAAAUAGUAUUGAUGUUUGCCCAACAGCUUUUGAAAAUAAGUUUAUUCCCAGGACUGAUGCUGCUCUGCCGGGGGCCAGGGCAUUGUGGUGGUGUUUCCCCAGCACGGUCUCAUGGGAGGGUUAUUGCUGGUGAUGACACAGGCAUGACUGUGGGGUUUGUGGUGACUCCCCUGAGCACCCCAACAGGGACCUUUGUCCCCUCUGUGCCUUGACGAGGGAGUGCUUGGGCUUUGGGUGCCAUCUGAGGGGCUUUGGACAUCCCUGGCAGGGACAUAGGGGGUGCAGGUUAUGUGUGGGACACCCCACUGGGGGUGGCAUGGCCCCAGCUGAUGGGGGGUCACCCUGCAGCUGGAGACAGGCGUGAACUCUGGGUGCUGGUGCCUUCCUGGGACUGGUGGGGUGAUGGGGACCCUGACCCUGGCUGCAAUGGGGACUCUGGCUGUGAUGGAGACCCCAGACUCAGUUGGGGUGCUGUACCCUGUCCCUGGUUGCAGUGAGGAUCCCAGACCUGGCUGUGGUUAAGGGCUGGGGUAACCAAUGGACUGAACCCAGCUGCUCCCUGCAAGGCCAGCUCCGUGUCCUGUGGCCUGGAUCUGGCCCUUGGCAUGACACUGUGCCCUCCCCAGCCAUCAGGCCCCUUCUGCCCAUGCCGAGCCACAGAUGGGUGUUUGCUGGGAUGGGCAAGCCCAGGGCAGCAGCAGCCCCUGGCCAGUGAAUUGGGGGAAGGUUUGGCUCCUGCACCCAGCUCUGAGCUGUGGAGCCCAACUGGUAAAGCUCCUCAGUGCCAGCAGGUCUGCUGAUGGCUGCCCUUGCUGAGCCCCGUCCUCCUCCACAGAGCCCCCAGCCCCUGCGCAGGGACCUCCCCAUCCUCCUGCACAGGAGAUGGCAGCUUGGAGCAUCCCAGCAUCAUUCAAAAUCCCACUUCCAGCCUGUCUGCCCAGAGGUGGGGUGCCUCAGCAGCCUGGGUUUAAUAAUAACUAAUAAUAGUAAUAGUAAUAAUAAUAAUAGCAGCCAGUGUUCACUCAGUGAAUGACCUUGUGCUCUGUUUUAUAAUCCUCAAAAUGAUGCCGGGAGGGAAUUACUUAACAACACAUUGCCCUGUCCUUAUAAAAAGUGCCCGUUACUUGAUAACAGCACUUAUGGCCUGGAAGGGGUGGAGCAGAAAGGAGCAGCAAGGAACAGCCAACUGCUCUCCUGCCUCAGUUUCCCCACCUAUGAAAGGGGGAGAAGGUGCUUUGCUUGGUGGGUGCUGGGAGCCCAGUGUCUUUGUGAUGGCCCCAGCUCCUGCCUGAGGGAUCCCCUGGGGCUCGGCCUGGCUCGUUUGCCACCCCAUUAUUAAUGCUAGUAAUGGUAUAGGAAGGAUAAAUUCCACCACUUGGCUGAACAGAGAAAAUAUGCAGAGAAGUGGCUGGCUUUUCAUAAAUCAUCGGUGCUCCGUGCUACAACCAAGCCAGGACUUAAAAUUCAGGUCAGGAGAGAGGGACUCUCGUAAGCCAGCGAGGGAAGGUAAUUUAUUCUGUUUAUAUCUUUUUACUGCAAGACAAGGCGGGGGGGGGGAGGAACUCUGCCAUGAUUUUGCAUUUUAAAUAUUAGUUCAGAGCUGCAGCCUGCCUUGGACUUUAUUUAUUU